AUGGCAGAAGUGCUCGGCGUUGUCAGCAGCGCGAUUGCAGUCGCCGAGCUGGCGGGAAAAUUCGGCCUCAGCGUCAUGAAGCUGAAGCAGUUGUGGGACGAGAUCCAGGACAUCCCCGAAGAGAUGAAUCGCAUCAUGAGACAGCUUGAGAUACUGAAGCCCGUCCUGGCGGGGAUGGAGGCCGAUUUCGUGCAACAGCAGCGACACAAGGUCUACUCCAACAGUGCCACCAACCUGAAUGCGAGCAUCGAGUACUGUCGAGACGCUUUCAAUGAUCUGGAGAGCUUGGCGGAGGACCUGCAGGCCAGGAUCAGUACUGCGAAGCGAUCGAGAAGAAACAUCACGAAGCUCAAGGUCUCGUUCAAGAAGGAGGACAUCCGGAAGGCUUUCAUGAAGUCUCAGCCUGUGGUGCAACUGGUUCAAGAUCCAGAGCCAAGUUCACUGGACACUGUUGUGGAUGACGCGCAUGAGGUGCAGACCGACACGAGCCAUUCCGAUCGGCUGGAAACGAUCCGCCCAACCAGAUAUGAGGUUGGCCCGAAGCCUCUUCCAUGGCAAAAACCGUCUUUCUUCGGAGGUUUCACCUACAAGCAGUCUCAGAAUCCGUUUUACGCGAAUAGUACCGUGCACCAACUUCGCCUGCAGCUCCCGACAUGGGUAUCUCAAAGGGUCUUUGACUUGCAGACAUAUCGCGCAAAUGUUGGUUGGCAAAUCUGUCUGGAGCCAUGGAUUAAGCGAGGUAGUAUCUAUGGCAAAAUAUUCAACGAUGUCAGAUAUGGCAAGCUCCUGGAUGUCGAGAAGGCCCUAGCUGCGGGAGAGAUAUCAUUAUUCGAUCGUGACCGAAGCGGAGGAACAUUGCUUCAUAUUGCAGCUUACGGCGGGAAACUAGACACGUUCAAAGCAUUACUAAGCUGGGGGUUGAGCCCCGAAGAAACCGACGAUCGUGGUCAAACAGCUGCUCAGCAUAUCUACGGAACGCCCGGCUUUAUUGACACGGCACAUGUUACAGGAGCUUACGGCUAUUCUAACACGGCCCUCACCGGAAUUGGUAAAACAAUGAUGGGUUUAGGAGCUCUCGAGGAAGAGAUUGACAUAAUGUUCUCUGGCGCUCGGACUUCCCAGAGAUACGCUUUUCCUUACUAUAUUUGGAGGGUUCCUGGUGUUAUACAAACAAUGACCGGGGACCGAUACCAAGAGUACCUCAAGUUGUCUCCUCAACCUCGGUUUGCAUAUCUUUCGUGGUCCGCAGUCAGGCCGGAAGUUUUACUGCAGCAAGUCAGCUUGAGCGCUAGUAUCACUCCAGCUGCUUUGAGGGCAGUUGAAGGACAUUAUGACAAGUCUAACUUGAAUCCAGGUAGAGGGCUAAGUCUGCAAGCCCUUGCGGAGAAUUACUUCUGCGAGAUGCCUAUUGGUCUCUGGGACAGCCCGUGGCUUCGUAGAGAUGGAACCAGGGGAAAGAUCGGUCUCAUACGCUUUCACAAGUUUUAUCACUGGCGGAAACUUUAA